UAUGGAGCAAUUUCCCAGCCUCACUUUACAUUACAUUUGGGGAAGUUGGGGAGUGAUUGUCUCUUUUUGGGAACUUUUGUGAAACUGGGGCAGAGUGGAAAAAGAGAAGCGGAGAAAUACUGCUUCUGAGGGCUCACUGUACUGAGGGUCUAAUGGGCAACCGUACCCCAUGUGCUUUGAAGCUGUGGAAUUAUUGCUGAUACGCCAACCCUAAGUAAAUAUUUGGCCAGCUGUAGCUUCCUGCCGGAUAUUCCUGGAGAUAUAACCUUGUUGACAUAUCUAUGUGACCAUGUUGGGAAGACUGCGUGUGGUGGAGAAAGCCAUGCAGGCGACAGCUGUCUUGAUCCUUGUGUUUCUCUGCACCGCCAGCAAAGGUAACCGUUCUUCACUGAAUGACUUCCAAAGGCUAAAGGCUACUAACCUGAUCACUUUGGCUCAACAGAGGGGGGAGCAGAUCAAUGAAGUAGAAGAAUGUGCCCGGCAAUGUAACACCUUGGUGGACUGCAGAGCCUUUCUCUACAACUGGCAGCGUUAUGGAUGCCAACUGCUGACUGUGACCCAAAAUUCACCGCACACCCGGCUGCAAAGGAAUGUUCACUAUGACCUCUACCAGAAGAAAGGUUAUGUAAGGAAAUGCAUCAUAGGAGAUGGGACAACCUAUAGAGGGAUCCAGUCUGUGACUGAAAAAGGAAAAACCUGUCAAAAAUGGCAACUGAAGUUUCCUCAUGAUCACAUAUUUCAUCCAUCCCAAUAUAAUGGUUUAGAAGAAAAUUUUUGCCGGAAUCCAGAUAAUGAUUUGCAUGGUCCCUGGUGCUACACAACUGAUCCUGCUACCCGACAUCAAAGCUGCGGCAUCAAGAAAUGUGAAAAUGCUGUCUGUGUGUCAUGUAAUGGUGAGGAUUAUCGGGGAUUCGUUGAUCACACUGUGUCAGGCACAGAGUGCCAACGCUGGGACCUGCAGCACCCUCACAAGCAUCCAUACCUGCCAAACAAAUACCCAGAUAAAGACCUUGCUGAUAAUUAUUGCCGUAAUCCUGACAGUUCUGAGAAACCUUGGUGUUACACAGUGGAUCCUGCCAAAGAGCGUGAAUUCUGUCACAUUCAUAAAUGCAAGAAACAUCCACAUCUGCCUAUUACAACCAGCUGCUUCCGGCUGAAAGGAGAAGACUAUCGAGGCAAGGUGAAUGUCACUACAUCGGGCGUCCCCUGCCAACGUUGGGACUCACAGACACCACACCGACACAAAUUCCACCCUGAGAAAUAUCCAUGCAAAGACCUAAGUGAGAAUUACUGUCGGAAUCCUGAUGGCUCAGAGGCUCCCUGGUGCUUCACUACUAUGGCCAGACUGCCUAGAGCUUUCUGUUUCCAGAUCGAGCGCUGUGCUGAGGAUGUGGAGGCAGAAGACUGUUACUAUGGAAAUGGGGAAGAUUAUCAAGGCACAGUUAGUAAGACCCGGAAAGGAAUUACCUGCCAGAAAUGGAAGGAACAAACCCCUCACACACUCCAGCAUUUCUUUCCCUUACUACCUAAUGUGCGUCUUGAACAGAACUAUUGCCGUAACCCUGACAAUGACAGUCAUGGGCCUUGGUGCUACACUAUGGAUCCUAACACUCAAUUUGAUUACUGUGCCAUUAAACCAUGUGCUGAUGACAAGAAGCUGUCCCUUUUGCUGAAUCCAGAGAACGUGGCUUUUGACCAGUGUGGCAGGAGGAUUGAGCGAACAGAGGUACGGGCUCGGAUUGUAGGAGGCGGACCUGGAAACUCACCUUGGACAGUCAGUAUCCGCAAUCGAGAAGGGGUCCAUUUCUGUGGAGGAUCACUGGUAAAAGAGGAGUGGGUAAUCAGCACCCGGAUGUGUUUUUCCUCCUGUGAUGCAGACUUAACUGGUUACCACGUCUUGCUUGGAACACUCUUUAAGAACCCUGGUCCUAAUGAUCCAAACAAACAGGCCAUUCCUAUAAUUAAGAUUGUCUGUGGUCCCUCUGAAUCACUUGUGGUGAUGCUGAAACUGGAGAGGCCUGCACUUCUGAAUCAACGUGUGGCAUUGAUCUGCCUUCCACCUGAGCGUUACAUUGUGCCCGAGAACACCCUGUGUGAGAUUGCAGGAUGGGGUAGCACUGGAGGAACUGGGAAUAACAAUGUCCUCAAUGUGGCCAGGCUGCCAGUCAUGAACAAUCAAAACUGCAAUGUGGCACUUCAUGGCCGUCUGAAGGAAAAUGAGCUAUGUACAUCACCACUGAAAGUUGGCGUGGGAGCCUGUGAGGGUGACUUUGGAGGUCCUUUGGCCUGCCUGACUCAAGACUGCUGGGUGCUAGAAGGUGUGAUCACCCCAUUGCGGGUAUGUGCUCGCAAAGACGUGCCUGCCACCUUCAUCCGAAUCUCUAUGUAUGUUGACUGGAUCAACAAAGUGAUGAGGUUGAGCUGAGCUUUUGUAUAUUUAUCAUAAAUUCCUGCUCGUCUCGCCAUUCUCAGAAUUAGCGUAGAGCAGUCAUUCUCAUGUCCCGUGAAAAGCAUUGCCAAAAAGGUUCCUGAUUUUACAGAAAAGAUACUUCCAUAAGCUGACGUCAGUGACAAUUUUUGUGCUCCAUUUUGUGGAGUUUAUCUAAGUGGCUAAGAGACUCUGCAGCAAUUAAUUGCUUAUUAUACUGCAUCUUUUGCUAGACGCUUAGCUGAAGAAAUAUUGAUGGUAGCAACCAUCAUGGCUUCAAACUAGCAAAUUUAAUGAGAACAUUAUGGAACCAUCCUCUAAGAAGUGUGAACUGAACAUAUGACUAAACUAAUACGCUUUAACUAAGCAUAAGCUAAUGUGUUGCAUUAUUAAAUCCCUCAUGUCCUUUUGAUAGGACUGGUUGGUUGUUAUCCAUGAGUAUCAGCUCUUUCAGUGAAUACAUUCAUGGGCAGAAGUUUCAAUAUGCAAGGCUUUAACCAUGGCCUCCUCAUUGGAGCAGUUGUUGGGUUUAUAUUUAACAUGGACAUUGUCUGCAAUUUCUUUUUUUUAUCAUCAGUAUUAAAAGUUCAAUUGAGGUUGAAUAUUCCACAGAAAUAUUGCUGCCCUUAGAACACAUGUACCAUUUCCAAGUCCUGGGAUAAUUUCUGGUAAAUGGGUGCUGCAGACCUUCAGUGUGGUUUUUUUUGAAAAUUCCUUCUCUCCUUUUGGUAUCACUUGUGAUCUGGUGUUCUCCAGAUGUCAAAAGAUAACAAUUCAUAGCCAACUCCAAGGGUUCAUGGGAGUUAUUGUCCAAGGCAGCUGAAUGUGAUUAGCCACUUUAUCCUCUGAACCAGCAUACAAAACAUCAUACCAUCUCUUUAUUUUUGCAGUCCAGACAUUCAUUUUUUAAAAAAUGUUAAUGAUUAAUGUAUUGGUCCAUUAUAGGUGUAUUAACCUACAUGUGGUUCAAUUUUUUUCCACAUCUGAAAUGACAUUUCUGUAGUCCAGGAAAACCUGACAGUUUUUCUAUCGUAAUAGUACAUGUAAUAUUUCUAUGCUUUCUCAGAAAUACUUCUCAAGUAACAUAAAUUAUAGCCACCACAAAUUAUUGUACUGCAUUAUAUCUUUUAUGUAAUUACAGUUACAUUGUUUGUAGCAACUGCAUGCCAAAUUGUAUAUAACCAUUCUUACAGAGGCCUCAAAUUUGAUAUAAUAAUUACCGUAUUUUUCGGAGUAUAAGACGUACCUUAGUUUUGGGGGAGGAAAAUAGGAAAAAAAAUCUGCCUACCAGGUAUUCAUCUAGCUAGUGUCCUCAGCUUCAGCACAUUAGCUGGUUGGUUGUGAGUGUGCGUGCUCCUCAACCCCACCAAGACCCUGCUGAUUCAUCUCGUGUGUGUGAGAUGGUGUUACAGUUUCAUAAGAGUCCAUCGCUGAUGAAUGAGUUUAUAAUUAGUAUCUAUGGUAAACAAAUAUUUGUAAUUUGCAGUAUAUCCACAUUUAUUGAUAGAGGAAAAUGGUGGGCAUUUUCCAUCAGAAGUUUCUAAAAGCAACAAAUAUUCCAUCAGAGAACUGAGAAAGAAUAAAAACAGUCUUUGAUAUUUA